AGCGAUCAGUCCCUGCUGCACUGCUGACCAUAUAAAAGCAGCUCUGACCUCAUGAGGAUGAUGCUCCAGACACGGUCCUGUUUAGAAGCUGCUCACUGGACACCAGGGUCUUUGGCAGAAUCCAGCUUGUAACAGUGUCCUGAAUUUACUCAGCAGCAGAAUGACGGUGAUCUGGAUUUCCCUUCUUCUCAUUGGACAUGUUAUCUGUGGACCUGUGAGAAUGGGCCCUAGAUCAGGUAAUGCUGACCUGAGAUCAGGUAAUGCUGACCCAAGAUUCAGGCAGCUGCCGCGUUCUGGGUACUGGUACGGUGGCGUUGGGGGGAAUUCUGGCAGUGACGGCAGCUCCCCUCUACCAAGUCAACUCAACCCAAGCUACGCCAGAGAAGUUCCUGCUCAAGAUGCUGGCAGUUUCAGUGGCAGGCAAGAUUUCUACAGCACCACCAAGACGGAUGAGCUUGAUGAUGGUAAUCAAGGAGAUGUCAGCGGCCCUGAGUAUAGUCAAUAUGGAGGUUCUGAAGCAUAUGCUCCAGGUAACUAUUAUGGUGGUGAACCUGCAGGAAGUGAGUCUUAUGCAGCCUAUGAGUAUGACCCUGCUGCUUCAGCUGACAACGAUGGCAGGUCCGACGGUGAAUAUCCACAACGCCAGCCUGUCGAGACUCGAGAUGACGACUCCAUCGCUGACGCUGAAGCUGAAGCUGAUGCUCUGGUCAACCACUACUCUAAUGCUGCCGUCGAAGCUGCUAGGAACCCUGAGCUAGUCUUCAGCGACGUGUCGGAUCUGGAGCCAGUUUACUCCUUCAGCUCUCGUUCUAAAUACUUAAGAGGAAGAGCUGUGUUCUCUCAAAGCCGUUACACCCCAGGAGAGCCUGCUGCUCUUCCUCCAUUGCCCAUGAGCAGAGUCCUUAGACUGUCUGUGCAGAGCCGCCCUGCUGACCCUCCAGCCAAAGUUGUCCAGGGUUGACCGUCUCACUGCUGCCAACCUGAUAUCAAUAAAGUGACUUUAAAAACAGA